CACAUGGAGAGGAAGAGGAGGAGGAGAAGAGAUGAGAAACCAAGCGAGAAGAUGUUAAGGGAUUAAUCAAAUCCACGAAACGUUUGACGUCCGCCAGUGCACGGGUAGAUCUCCUCUCUCUCUCUCUCUCUCUCUCUCUCUCUCUCUCUCCCGCUGAAGAAGCAACCGAAAUCGAAGGCGAACAGUCUUUAAUCAUAUUUAAGGCAAACCCUAAGUCCAUAACCGGGUGGGAGCUGUGGAAGCUCAAGUGGAGGUGGGGGAAAGGUGGAGAUUUGGCUUCAGUUCUGGGGUUUCUCCGUCGAUCUUGCCGGGGGAGGAUUCGAACGCUGUAAGUCCGUCUCGAUUGUUCUUUCUUGCUAGUUUUUCCUUUGGAUCCUUGAGAAAUUUGGCUCCUUUGGGUCUACACGCCGUGAUCCGAGGUGGGAGAAACAGCGUGGGAUUCGAUUUGGUCCGGAGUUUUCGGUACUGGUGUGGAAUGCCCUAGGUGUCGGAGUGGGUGUUGAGGUUUUACUUCGGGUUCCAACGGGCCAAGUGGAGAAGAUCGGUGUGAGCAGAGGGGAAGUGGACAAAAGAUCAGAUUUUGAACUCAUUUGGAAUCCUUGCUUUCCGUUCCCGAGGAAAAGAUCUAAUCUUCUUUCGCUAUGUCUGCUUGAUUUUUGUGGGCAUUUUGGUUGCCCCGGACAGCGAGAGGAAGCGAUAAGGUAUUUCAUUUUGUGGAGAAUUUGAUGGACCGUUCUUGUUUUGAUCCCACCUCUCUGACUCCCUCAUCUUGCUCUGUGUUUGAAAGGAAAGGGUUUCUUCCCCUGUCAGUGCUGAUAUGUAAUGUUGAGACCAUAAAACCGUGUUGAUCUAAGCAGUGUUUCCGUAUCGGCUACUCUUUUUUUGCUUUCCAGAACAUGGUGCCGUCAGGUUCUUCGAAUCCCAUCGGCGGAUCUCAGUCAGUGAAUCCUUCCCUUCUGCGGUCGAAUUCAGGGUUGCUCGGAGGAUCCCAGCCUGGUUCAAUCCCAUCACAGACCCCUUUCUCUUCUCUGGUCUCUCCUCGCACCCAGUUCAAUGGUAACAGCUUGCUUGGAAACAUAUCCAAUGUUUCAGCCCUCAACAAUUCAUUUGGAAAUGGAGGGACUGUUAGUGGGCUUUCCAUGCCAAUGAAUCUCCAACAGCGAGGUGGUCUUGGUGGUGCAGUUGAUACGGUCAGCUCCGAGCCUAAUCCUCUGUCAUCGUUCACGUCUUCGUCAGGCCAAAGCCAAGGGCAGCAACAACAAUGCUUCCAGAACCCUUCAGGCAGCCAGCUUGGUCCAGACCAACCACAGUCUCAACUUGAUGCAGUGCAGAAUUUCCAGCAACAAUUCUCUGUUCCUCAAAGUCAACAGCAGCAGCAGCAGCUGCUGCUACUUCGAGGAGGAUUUAGUAAUGUGGGACACAUGGGGCCUGUUAAGUUGGAGCCGCAAAUUGGUCCUAGCAAUCAGAUUGGUCCAUCACAACAGUUACAGAUGUUACGCGGAACUGGUGCAGUAAAAAUGGAGCCACAGCAGUUGCAAUCCUUUAGAAGCAUGGGUCCUGUCAAAAUGGAAACUCAACAUUCAGAUCCUUCAUUGUUUCUGCAGCAGCAACAGCAGCAGCAACAACAGCAGCAGAUUUUGCAGUUAUCAAGGCAGAACCCUCAGGUUGCAGCUGCACAAAUGAAUCUCUUGCAACAGCAAAGGCUGCUGCAGUUGCAGCAGCAACAGCAGCAGCAACAACAGCAACAGCAACAGCAACAGAUUGGCAAGGCCUUCCCUCAGCAAAGAAGCCAGUUGCAGCAGCAGCUUCUCCAGCACAAUGUUCCAGUUAGGCCUCCAAUGAGAUCUACGACAUAUGAGCCGGGGAUGUGUGCUCGGAGGUUAACCCAGUAUAUGUGCCAUCAGCAGCACCGACCACAGGAUAACAACAUAGAAUUUUGGAGGAAAUUUAUAGCCGAGUACUUUGCUCCUAAUGCCAAGAAGAGGUGGUGUGUUUCUCUUUAUGGAAGUGGCCGUCAAACUACUGGUGUUUUCCCGCAGGAUGUGUGGCACUGCGAGAUAUGCAACCAUAAGCCUGGACGUGGUUUUGAAACCACAGUUGAGGUUUUACCCAGGCUUUUCCAAAUAAAAUAUGCUAGUGGAACCUUAGAGGAACUUCUGUAUGUUGACAUGCCCCGUGAGUAUCAGAAUGCUUCAGGUCAAAUUGUAUUGGAUUAUGCCAAGGCAAUUCAGGAGAGUGUCUUCGAGCAAUUGCGUGUGGUGCGUGAUGGCCAACUACGGAUUGUUUUUAAUCCUGAUCUGAAGAUUUCUUCUUGGGAGUUCUGUGCUAGGCGCCAUGAGGAGCUUAUUCCUCGAAGAGCUAUCACUCCUCAGGUUAGUCAACUUGGUGUUGUGGUGCAGAGAUAUCAGGUUGCAGCUCAAAAUGCAUCAUCAGGCUUAUCCACACAGGAUUUACAGAACACAUGUAACUCGUUUGUAGCAUCUGCUCGUCAGUUGGCUAAAGCUUUGGAAGUGCCAUUGGUAAAUGAUUUAGGGUACACAAAAAGAUAUGUCCGUUGCCUUCAGAUAUCUGAAGUGGUUAACAGUAUGAAGGAUUUGAUUGAUUAUAGCAAACAAACUGAGGCUGGACCUAUUGAUUGCCUGAUUAACUUCCCUCGGAGGACUUCCACUUCGUCAGGGCUUCAAGCUGAGCAAGCCCAACAACCUGAUCAACAGCAACCCAUCACCCAGAAUUCAAACCAUAAUGAUCAGGGAUCUGCUCAUGCCCCCAAUGUACCACUUUCCGCUGGCAGCAAUAAUGUUGUUGGUGUAGAUAACUCACUUACUGCUGCUUCAUCUACUUCUGCGUCCACCAUCAUUGGUAUUCUCCAUCAGAAUUCUACGAAUAUCAGCUCAUCAAAUUCAUUAGCUCCAACCCAGUCCAAUCCUCCUUUGAAACCUGCUUCCGGUGACAACCCAACAGCAACCUCUCAUAAUGCUACUUACCUGAGCUCCACAAAUUCAAGUGCAAGUUUGUCUACAAUGCAACAGCCGGUUGCACAGUUGCAUGAAACUGAUCCAAGUGAUUCACAGAGCUCUGUCCAGAAAAUUUUACAGGAGUUGAUGUCAUCACAGCUAAAUGGUGUCAGCUCCUUGGGGAACGAGACAAAGAUGAUUAGUGGUGUCACACCAGCUUUGAGUGGGGGAAACUGUUUAGUCGGAAAUGGGAUAUCCAAUGACUCAGCUAUAAGUGGCACAGGCUUUACAGGUCUUGGUGGGAUUGGUCUAUCUGGUGCUGCUAGUGGAAUGCGAGCAGCAAUGACAAAUAAUGCUAUGGCUAUGAAUGGGAGGAUUGGAAUGAAUCACUUUUCCCAAGACCCAACAGCUAUAAACCGUCAGCAGCAAGAUAUCGGAAAUCGAUUGCUGGACAGGUUAGGAGCAGUAACUAACUUCAACAAUCUUCAAUUUGAUUGGAAGUCCUCCCCAUAGAAGUGAAGCAGAGGUGUUGGCGAAUUGAAAUUUUUACUCAAGUGGACAAAAGUGGUUUGAGCAAAUGAUAAAUCGUCAAACUGCACAUGAUCAAAUAUUUCAGUUCUUCUCCCACUUUUUUGGAAGCCUCUCAACUAAUUCCUCCGAAAGAUAACACAUGAUAGCUUCUUUCCUAGUUCUUGUUCCAAUUACAUGUCUUCUAACUGCCACUUGUAAUGCUGCAUAUUGUGUAUUAUGCUUCCAAGGAACAUCUACUAUAUCAAUGGGAAACCUGUGCAUUUGUGGAGCGAAAGAUCCUGGUAUUGCUUGUAGCCAUUUCUCAAUUAUAAAGAUGAGAUACGAGAUGGCUUGGAUAUGGAGGGAUGCCUCUUUUUUAUCUUUUACCCUCUUCUCAAAAAUUUGUAAAGAAUUGCUUUUUCCUCAUCGAUUUUUUUAUAUUGGCAAAGAUGAAAGUUGGAGUUCUCAAGGUUCA